CCCAUUAUAUCGAUUAGCCAUCACCAAAGCUCCAAAGCUCACCUGAAAAGGAAAAAAGAUUCUUUUCUUUCCCAUUUCAAUUCUUUUGACCCAUUUCUUUUUUCUUUCUUUCUUUCUUCUCUCCCCAUCUUAAUAAUAAUCACAAUCAUCUCCUUCUGCUUGUUUGUUCAUGUAAUUCACAGAAAUUUGAGCAGAGAAUUUCUGAUCGCGUUAGCUUAAGUGGGCUGAAAACCAAACAUGCAUGGCCACUGCGUAUGGGGAGCUUCUCCUUUUCUGCGCUGCAACAGCUAACCCAAACUGAUUUCUAAGCAAUUGAAAAAUGCUGACGUGUAUACCUCGAUCAAAGCAACCCGGUGAUGAAUCGCUGAGUCAACCCAAUGAGUCUGCCGCCACAAACAUUCCUAAUGCCAAACACCACCAAGCGAUCAAGUCCCUCACUACUCAGCUUAGGGAUAUGGCAUUGAAGGCCUCCGGAGCAUACCGGCACUGUAAUCCAUGCACGGCUCCAACAACUCAGAGCCGUUUCAGGAACAGCUCCAACGAGUCUGAUGCAGAGUCAGAGAGGUUCCGAUUGUCGUUACGGCGAACUGGAAGCUCGAGCUCGACGACCCCUAGGACAUGGGGGAAGGAGAUGGAAGCGAGGCUGAAGGGUAUAUCGAGCUCGAGCGGCGAGGGGACGCCAAACUCGCUAAACGGCAGUGGGCGACGAGUUGACCCGCCCAUCGUGUUCGUCGAAGAGAACGAACCUAAGGAGUGGGUGGCCCAGGUGGAGCCCGGUGUUCUGAUCACUUUCGUUUCGCUUCCACGCGGUGGGAAUGAUCUCAAGCGGAUACGUUUCAGUCGAGACAUGUUCAACAAGUGGCAAGCUCAAAGAUGGUGGACAGAGAACUAUGACAGGGUCAUGGAGCUUUACAAUGUCCAGAGGUUUAAUCGCCAGGCUUUUCCCCUUCCAACACCUCCAAGAUCUGAAGAUGAGAACUCAAAAAUGGAGUCUGCAGAAGAGAGCCCUGUAACACCACCACUGACUAGAGAACGGUUGCCUCGUAAUUUGUUUCGACCAACAGGGAUGGGCUACUCAUCCUCAGAUUCGUUGGAUCAUCAUCCAAUGCAAGCCCGACAUUACUGUGAUUCAGGUGGUCUCACUUCGACUCCCAAACUCUCUAGUAUCAGCGGGGCCAAGACAGAGACAUCAUCAAUGGAUGCUUCCAUAAGAAGUAGCUCAUCAAGGGAGGCAGAUCGCUCUGGAGAGCUGUCAAUAAGCAAUGCAAGUGAUAUGGAAACUGAAUGGGUUGAACAGGAUGAACCAGGAGUUUACAUAACCAUCAGAGCCUUGCCAGGUGGCAAAAGGGAACUCAGAAGAGUUAGAUUCAGAUAAGUGAUCUGAUUCAGGCAUUAUUGCCUACUUAUCAAGGCCGUGUGUUGAUGCAUGAUGGUAAACUGCUUCUAACUGUUGGCGGUGCAUUUUGGAUUUUUAAUUUCUCCCUUUGCAAUGCUAUCAAUUUAAAUACUUAUAGAUCUCGAAAAGUUAUAUGAGAAUUAAUAAAAAUGAAGAUCGUCGUACAAAGAUUGUUGAAAGCGGACAAACGAACAAGAAUAUAGGGCCACGAGAAAGAAGACAGGCGGGGAGGGAGUCCUGCAGCUACGGAGCAGUACGGAGAGGGAAGGAGGCAUUGCGACGGGAGGCGAAGAGGGGGCAAGGGGAGGGGUUAGACUAAAUGAAUAUCUGGAUAUACAAUCUACAUUGUUGGCAACACCUUUCCCCUCUCAAGAUGACAAGUUGAUGAUGCUCCAUGAAUAAGUUCUUGUGUGGAUUUGAUUUGCCUCAAUGCAGAUUUUUUUUUUAUGAUCGUGAAUGCUGAGGCUAUAAUUGAGCCAACUUUCUUACAAUUAUGACUUGAAUCAACAACUUGCUAAUUACUGUGAUC